ACUUGGUGGCUGUAACCUCUCAGAGAGAAGCUGUGAAGCUCUGACCUCUGUUCUCAGCUCACAGUCCUCUAAUCUGAGAGAGCUGGAUCUGAGUAACAACAACUUGCACAACUCAGGAGUGAAGAUGCUCUCUACAGGACUGCAGAGUCUGUGUUGUACACUGGAAACUCUCAGUCUGUCAGGCUGUCUGAUCACAGAGGAAGGCUGUACUUCUCUGGCUUUAGCUCUGAGUUCCAAUCCCUCUCAUCUGAAAGAGCUAGAUCUGAGCUACAAUCAACCUGGAGACUCAGGAAUAAAACUGCUGUCGGCAGGAUUGAUGGAUCCAUCCUGGAGACUAGACACUCUCAGGGUGGAGCCUGCUGGAGUCCAGUGGUUGACACCAGGAGUCAUCAUCAAAGUGUCGAUCAAUGAACAGAUGAUGGAUCAAUAA